AUGCCGCAAACAUCGCACAAAAAAUGGCAAAAUCAAACUAUAACAUCUGAAUUCAUACUUCUGGGAUUUGGAGAUCUUCAAAGCCUCCAAGUUCCAGUAUUCCUGUUUUUCUUGGGGAUCUACUUAGUGACCAUGACCGGUAACCUCCUCAUCUUUGUGUUGGUUGUGUCUGACCAUCAUCUUCACACCCCUAUGUACUUCUUCUUGGGAAACCUGUCUUUCUUGGAAACCUGCUAUAGUGCUAACAUCCUGCCAAAAAUGUUGUUCGAUCUCUUGACUGGGGAGAGAAGUAUAACUGUAAAAGCAUGUUUUGUGCAGUUUCACAUAAUUUCUUGUCUGGUAGGAACUGAAUGCUACCUUUUAGCUAUGAUGUCUUAUGACAGGUACUUGGCAAUAUGUAAGCCACUCCACUAUUGGACUCUAAUGAAUGCCAGGCUGAGCUUUCAGUUGGCAGCUUUGUCUUGGAUAAGUGGUAUUUUGUUCAGCACAAGCCUAAUUGUGAAACUGUCACAGAUGUCUUUCUGUGGCCCCAAUGAAAUCGAUCACUUUUUUUGUGACAUUGUUCCAGAAAUCAGUGAUCUUUCUUGCAGCGAUACCCAUUUUGUUGAACUACAGUCCUUCAUAUAUGCCUCUGUAUUCACUUUCCCUCCCUUUGCUCUUACCUUAUCAUCUUAUGUUUUUAUCAUUGUUACUAUCCUUAGGAUCCCAUCGGCCUCAGGGAGGCAAAAGGCAUUCUCUACCUGUUCCUCACAUCUCAUUGUGGUUGUUUUGUAUUAUGGCACACUGAUGCUCAUCUAUCUGAUACCCCAUUCCAGAAACUGGCGUCACAUAAGAAAGGAAUUUUCACUUCCCCACACUGUCCUGACUCCCAUGCUCAACCCACUCAUCUACAGUCUCAGGAACAAGGAAGUGAAAGAAGCCAUGAAUAGGAUUUUCAGGAAGUUGUCAUAUUUCAGAAAGUUGGCUUUUAAAAGACAACAAAUGUAA